AUUGCGGAAUCUGAUGCGCAAAUAAGUGGUAGCCAGUAGUCUAAGCCAAGUAGUAAACAACGAAGUCGGAGCGUUCGUAAUCGCAAACAAUAUUGAAAAAAAAAGUUUCGUGUUGUGGCAUCGCUCAGUCGGCUGGUAACAGCGAAACUCGCACCCUGGCCAUUGCAUAAAGAAAAACGAUACAGAUGAUGAAGAAUAAAAAUCAAACUUACUGAAGUUUCUAAAAUAUUCAUUGGGUUUGAGGGAAAAAUUUAUUAAAGUUUCAGUUUUGUUUUUGUUUUUACCUACAUAAUCAAGAUAUUAUGCAGCGAGUUUCAAGGACUUCUUUUAAAGGUCUAUUGAGCCAAUUACAAGCCACAGGUUUAGAAACCACUUCAAUUGGAUUGUCAAGAUGCAGAUCAUCGUUUAAUCAGCACAAUGACCAGUCUGAAAAAAGGAGGUAUGGAAAAGUCACAACUGUGUUAUUGUCUCUUGCUGGAGGCAUAACAUACUAUUUAUACAAAGAUGAUAUUAAAAAUAACAUCAGCAGCUUUAUUAAUGUGCAUGCAUUCAAGAUACAAAACUCUCACAAUGGACGAGAAGCUGGUGCGAGAAGAGCUGAACUGCCAACGUAUACAAUGCAGCAAGUGAGUGAACAUGAUAAUUUGAUAAAUGGGAUUUGGGUUUCUUACAAAGAAGGUGUUUACAAUAUCACCGAUUUUGUUAGAAAACAUCCUGGUGGCCAGAGCAAAAUCAUGAUGGCUGCUGGUGGCUCUAUCGAUCCAUUCUGGAUGAUUUUCGCUAAUCACCAAACGGAUGAGAUUUUAGUCUUACUAGAAUCCAUGAGAAUUGGCAAUCUACGAAGUGAGGAUGUUUACAAGCACAAAGAUGAGGAUAUUUAUGAUCCUUAUGCCUUGGAGCCUGUUCGAAAUCAAAUGUUACAUAUAAAUGGGAAAAAACCAUUUUGUGCUGAACCACCUCCACCCAUGCUUGUAAAAAACUUUAUAACACCUAAAGAAGUGUUUUAUGUGAGAAAUCAUCUUCCAGUACCUUACAUAGAUGAAGAAAACUAUGAACUCGAGUUGGCAGCUGAAGAAAAAACUAUGAAAACUUUUAAUAUUGAAGACAUCAAGAAAUAUCCACAACAUACAAUUACAAGCGCUAUUAUGUGUGGAGGAAACAGACGAUCUGAAAUGGGAGCAGAAAAACCAUUGAAAGGUUUGAGCUGGAAUGUUGGAGCUAUUGGGAAUGCUAGCUGGACUGGUGCUAAAUUGAGCGAUGUUUUACGGGAUCUCGGUGUAAAAGAAGAAGAUUACAACCAUAUUCAGUUUGAAGGUAUGGACAUUGAUCCUUCUGGGGUACCAUAUGGUGCCAGCAUUCCAAUCAGUAAAGCUUUAGACCCCCGUGCGGACGUAUUACUUGCUUAUGAAAUGAAUGGUGAAGACAUACCAUUGGAUCAUGGAUAUCCUCUGCGCGUUAUUGUACCUGGUGUUGUGGGAGCUCGCAAUGUCAAGUGGGUUAAUCGCAUUAUAUUGUCGAAAAACGAAAGUCCUUCGCAAUUCCAACAAAACGAUUACAAAGGUUUCUCGCCGAGUAUCAAUUGGGAUAAUGUCGAUUUCAAAACUGCACCAGCCAUUCAAGAAAUGCCUGUUACUUCAGCUAUUUGUUGCCCUCAAAAGGAUGAAAAAAUUACUGUUGCCAAAGAUGGAACUAUACCUGUGAAAGGUUACGCUUGGUCUGGUGGUGGUAAGAAAAUUAUUCGAGUUGAUGUCACAGCUGAUCAAGGUGAGACUUGGCACAUUGCUGAGUUAGUUGCUCAAGAUCCUGAUGCAAAAGAGGGUAGACAUUAUGCAUGGACCCUUUGGAGUCUUAAUCUUCCUGUUGAUAAAAUGAACAAAUCGGUCGAGAUAUGGGUUAAAGCAGUUGACUCCCAAUAUAAUACUCAACCAGAAAGCUUUAAAAAUAUCUGGAACCUCAGAGGAUUCCUGUGCAAUGCUUAUCAUAAAGUCAAAGUUAAUCUUGGAUAAAUCAUUGCAGAUGUUACAAUUGAAGUAAUUUACGAUCGUUAUAUUAUUUACUAUUUUAUUUUUAUAAAAUUGAAUUCAAUUUACGUGGUAUAUUUGCGGUGCUCGACUGAAAAUGUGUGAUAAAAUAGUUGGUAUUAUAUUAAGUAUUAGGAAUUGCACACAAUAUGCUAUGCUAAAGCGUAAUUAAUAAUGAUGUGAAUUCAAAAUUCACAUUGUUGUUCGUGACGAUACUUUCAAAGGAUAUUCAUCUCGUUUAUAAUAGUAUCCUCUAUAUAGAUCUAUUCAAACUAUGCACUAUCUAACAAUUUUAUGUUUUAUAUUCUAACUUUUUACUAAUACUUAGUGUUGUAUCUUGUAAUUUACAUCUUGUUAUCAUUCUAGUUCAAAAGAUCAUGUUAUUACAAUUAUUCUACGAAUUUUUAAACGCACUUAUUUUUAAAACUUUUUAUGGCACAUCAAUAAUGUCAUAAGUCACACAAUAAAAGUAAUGAGCAGUGAAAA